GGCAUAAGUUAGCUUUUCGGUUUUUUUUUUUUUAUCGUAUUGUAUACAAGUAAAAAUUGUAGGUGGGCUGAAAACAGUUUUGAAACGUGACGACCGCGGAUUUUCAUGAAGAAAAAAAGGGUUUGUAAAGUGAUAACGAGUUGGAAAGUCAAUGUUAGAAAUUAAUAGUGAAAAUAAAGAAAAGGGCAAAAUGCAACAAUGUGUUGUCUCUGUUUCAGUGCGAACGAAGACUGCAGAGUAAGUCUGCAAUUCAGAUGUGCUAGCACUGUAUAUAUAUCAGGAAGAUGCUUUUCCUAUCCUUGUACCGUCCAUCUCAUCAAGAACAGAAGAAAUGCAUUAAGAAGUCUGGUGACUUUAAUUAUGACACUAAAUAUAAAGGUGCUACAGCUAAACCCGCUUCUGCUCUUAAGCAAGACAAGGAUCUUUCAGAUGGCAGUUUUCUGGUUAACCAUGCCAGAGUUUUAGUUGGUUCAGGUCAUGAGACGUUUGAGAGAGGCAAAAGUGCUCUUCAGAAUUGGAGGCAUUUCAGUCUGAACUGGGCAUUUGUCGAUCCCAACACUCCUAUUGAGAGUGGGGUGAAGUUUUGUGUGUGCACAAAAGCGAUUUUUCCUUGGCUUCUGAUGCCAUUAAAAGUUGUUUACGUUGAUGACUCCAGGAACGAAAGGAAUGCUGUGGCCUCGUAUGGUUUUGGUAGCGGAACUCUUCAGGGGCACCUGCUGGCAGGGGAAGAAUGCUUCUCAAUUACAAUGGAUGAACAGAAGGAUGUGUGGUACGAAAUACGUUCAUUUUCAAAGCCAGCCAACCCUCUCUCGUUUAUUGGAUACCCCUAUGUACUUCUGAAGCAAAAGCAUUUCGCUCGUGAGUCGACCUUGGCAAUGCAGAAACAUUUAUCUGCCAAGCUAGACGAUAAUAUAUGCAAACAUCUUUGCGUAGAACAGCACCCAGAAAAGGAGACAAUGUGGCUAUGAAGUAUACAUACAUACCUAUUGAAGAAGUCAGUCAAGGCUGUGUUGUCUGCAUCGGCUUCUGACUCGUGACUUGGUAUGGCCAUCAAGACGUCCUCCUCCUUGUGAUCUACAUCGAUCCCUACAUGUUCCGUUGGCACCGACUUGUGUAGGAACCUGAUCACGGUGAGGCUAAUGCGAUGAUGCAUCCCUAGACGUUUACUGAGCCCCAAUGCUUCCCGAUCAUCGUGUCCGCCAAAAAACAGCAUAGCUAUGUGAUGCAACGAACCAGAGGUGGAUGUAUGCAUGGAGCCAGCAGUGAGCCCGCGAUCUAUAAGGAUGGCGACCGUGCAUUUUGCAUGAAGGAGGACCUUUUGAUUUGUAAUCCUUAUGCCUUCCUUUCCAUUCUCUAAUUUCCCAUCAAUUCUUUGAUGUUUAUGGAAAGGUAGAAUGAUGAUAGAUGCUCUUACAUCCUCAGCAAAUUCACAUACAUCAGCAAA